CAAAAAUUAGUACUUCAGAAAAAAAUAAAAUAAAAUUAGAAUUAGUACAAAAAUCAUACAGCAAGUCAUAUAAUUUCUUCUGAUCAUCAGAAUGAGAGAAUUGACGGCAACACUGAGCGCCACGUCAUCACCAUCACCGGCUAUUAGAAACAGUGCCGCAGCCAAUAAGCAUCUAUGGAAAUCUCCCAUUCCGUACCUCUUCGGAAGCCUAGCCGCGAUGUUCUUGCUCAUCUCCUUGGCCUUGGUCCUGCUCAUCUGCUCCUACCAUAAACGCCCUUACGGUGGACGUGAUCCUGAUCACGAAGAUGAUCAUGAUCAGAAGUCCCAAAAGCGGAUCAACGCCGUCGAUCUUCAUGCAGACGAGCCCAGGAUAGUGGUCAUCAUGGCCGGAGACGACAACCCCACGUACUUGGCCACGCCUGUGGAAGUCGUCAUAACCUGCGCCAGUAGUACUAAUACUACUUCGAAUGUUGUUAUUUGUUCUGCGAUUUCUGAUGAUAACGAUCAUGAUCAUGGUGAUCACGAUCGAGAUCAGCCAGAUGUUUGACAAGACGCCGUAGCGGCAAAGUUUUGGCUCCUGUUAGAGAGUGAAAGAUUUGGUAGUACUUACUUAGGUUUCUCUCUCUCUUAACGUUUUCUUUUUUUUGCUUAUUAUUCUUAUUCUUCUCUUUUUGUACUCUCUGCGGGAAUAUUUUAGUGUAAAUUUAUGAGUAGAAUUGUUCUGAGUUAC